AUGCCAUCCAACGAUCUGGAGACCCGUGCAUUCGAGCACAGUGAAAAUGAACGUAUCGUUCACGACUCUUCCGGUGCAUCCAACGUACAACUGCAGUCACCAGAGGUUGACGAAGAGCAGGAGGAGCGCUACUGCUGGGUAUGUUUCGCGACCGAGGAAGAUGAUAAAAUUGCACCUUGGGUGCAACCAUGCAACUGCCGUGGAGCCACGAAAUGGGUGCACCAAUCGUGUUUGAAGCGCUGGAUCGAUGAAAAGCAGAAGGGAAACCCGUACAAGAAAAUCAAUUGCCCGCAGUGCCAGACCAAGUACAUCAUCAUCCUGCCGUCCAUGGGAAGCUUCGCAUACCUGCUCGAGCGGCUCGAUAUCAUAGCCAAUCAGCUGAGUCCGGGUGUUGCUGCGGGUGCCAUUGUUUGCUCCAUAUAUUGGUCGGCCAUAACGUUCGGUGCCGUGACCGUCAUACAAACGACGGGAUUAGAAAGAGGUUUGUCGAUGAUGGAGAACGCUGAACCAAUUGUUCUGUUACUAUGCUUGCCGACCAUUCCGGUUGCCCUUAUUAUCGGUCGCAUGUUUCGAUGGGAAGAUAUCGUGCUUCGUUUUCUGCAAAAUCGACAGUUCAGCAUUCGCAAAUAUCCAGUAAUUUCAUUCAUGCUGCCAGUAACAGAUGAACCAAAUCCGAGCUAUCCGGAACCAUUCCCCAACAACACCGCAAGCACCUCGGAACCGCUGUCAGUCAUCCGCAUCUUCUGUGGGGCUCUUUUGCUUCCCACCGUCUCAACAAUUUUUGGCAAAACAUUUUUCAAAUCGGUAAAGAACGAUUUCCAUCGCACGUUGCUUGGGGGCUUUGCAUUUAUCGUUGUUAAGGGGGUGUUGAAAAUCUAUUUCCACCAAAAGAAACAUAAUCAAGCCAAACUACGUCGAAUUUUGGAUUAUACGCAAGAAAAUAUUCGGAAGUAUGUCAACAGGAAUCACUCACAGGCUGUAAAUGAACGUGUGGCUGCUAUUCUAUCACAGGCAGUACAGCAAGCAGAAGUGUCCAGAGAGGAACGUGACGAGGCGUUCAUAAAUUUAGCAGCAGUGGGAAAUAGCGAUGUGUGAUAUUGUUUAAUAGCAUUUAACGUAUUUUUUUUUGGCAGCAAUCCUAUUUUUUGUGGACAUGAAUUACGAACUUGAUAUAUUUUAUAACAUUAUUUUUGAAACAAUCACAAUUAUUGUGAACAUGAAUUACAAACACGGAAUAUUUUGUUAUAUAUUAUAAACAUCGAAUUUCGAACUUCCUAUUAUCUGAUGAAUAAUAAACUAU